UCUGCGACUUCCGUGACGUAGCAGCGCCGGAGAUCCUUCCUUGUAAUCCAAACAUCGUCGCUGACAACAUAUUGCAAUAUAGCAAUAUUUGACAUACGGACAAAACCUUACGAAAUAGUGUAUCGUUAACAACAGAAUGGCGGCGCAGAAAAUAAACGAGGCCCAUGAGCAUAUGGCCAAAGCGGAUAAAUGCCUUAAAACCAGCCUCACUAAGUGGAAGCCAGAUUUCGACAGUGCCGCAUCAGAGUACGCCAAAGCAGCUGUGUGUUUCAAGAAUGCAAAGCAGUUUGACCAGGCAAAGGAUGCGUACUUAAAGGAAGCAGAGUACCACACAGAAAACAAAACGCUUUUCCACGCUGCAAAGGCUAUUGAACAAGCCGGAAUGAUGAUGAAGGAACAAAAGAAGAUGCCGGAAGCCAUCCAGCUCAUAGAGAAGGCCUGCAUGAUGUACAUGGAGAACGGCACUCCUGACACUGCUGCCAUGGCACUCGACCGGGCUGGAAAACUCAUAGAGCCGCUCAACUUGGAUAAGGCCGUGGAUCUGUAUCAGAAGGCUGCCGGUGUGUUUGAGAACGAGGACCGCCUGCGACAGGCAGCAGAACUGCUGGGCAAGGCUUCCAGACUCCUGGUCAGAGUAAGAAGGCUGGACGAUGCAGCGGUGGCCAUUCAGAAGGAGAAGAACAUGUACAAAGAGAUUGAGAACUAUCCCAUGUGCUUCAAGAAAACCACCGCUCAGGUGCUGGUUCAUCUGCACAGAGCGGACUACGUAGCGGCUGACAAGUGUGUCCGAGAGAGUUACAGCCUCCCGGGUUACAGCGGCAGUGAAGACUCCGUUGCCAUGGAGACACUCCUGCAGGGCUAUGAUGAACAGGACGAAGACCAGGUGUACCGUAUCUGCAACUCACCUUUACUGAAGUACAUGGAUAACGACUACGCCAAGCUGGCCAUCUCCCUCCGCGUGCCGGGCGGCGUGAGCAAGAAGAAGGUAGCGGCGGCCGCUGCGGCAGCAGGGGGCGCCAGUGGAGCGGCUGCCGAGGAGGACGACUACGCCGGAGGGCUGUGUUAGCGGUUAGCUCCCCGAGAUGAGUCAACCCGCUCCAACACACACACACACACACUACACCCCGGCUGCACUUUCCCUCUUGUAGAAGUGGCUUCCAACCCUUUGCAUUCCCUGAUCAUGAUGAUGAUGAUAUCGUGAAAAAACCCAGAUGUCGAUUUUUCACAUCUCUAUUAUUCAAAAAACAACAUUGAAGCAAACUGCUAAAAAAAAAUGUAACCCUCAAAUCACAGCGGGUAUUGCAGAUCAGAGUUGGCAGCCUUCGAUGUUAAAUAUAACCGAGAAUUAUUGAAUGGCAAUUUAUAGCAUUGAGGUGCAUCAUCCUCGGUCGUAUGAAAAUGAAUUAUAUAAAUAGAUGUAUACUUUGAUGUCCGCAAAUCUAUAAUAGUAUAUGCCAGGUGUUGUAUUGACUAUUAGUCGGUGUGAAACUGUGUGCUUUGUAAACUUUGCUGUACCAUUGAUAUCUUCCAGAAGCUAACGUAGGUGUAGUAGAGCCGAUACGUGUGUUGAAGUUUGUCGAAUAGGAGUUGACGACGUAUGUUGAUUUUGUACAGAAUUAAUUUAUUCAGUAUUAUAACUGCUGGAGGAGAAUAUCAUAAUGUCACUUUUCUUUUAUCGGUGCAUGUGUGGGGAAGGAUGCAGAGAAGCAUAUUGCAAUAAACAAAUGUUUUGUGUAUGGCAAUGGUUAUAAUAAUCACACUGUUGUUCUGUAGGACUUUAGAACAGACUAUAGGACUAGUGCUCGAACCAUCCUAGUCAGGGUCUUUUAAACUGUGGUAGACUGUUUUUGAUUCGUCUACCUCAAAGUCUUCGUCACCCCAAGACUCCUUGUUUGGUGGUUGCUAGUUACAGUGGCUAAGGACAGCAACAUGUGAUUAUGUUCUUAAUACUAGAAACCGAUGCUGUUGUCAUGCUCUUAUUUCUUAGUAACUCCAUUUAAAGCAACAACUGCAAAACCUAUUCCUUUUUACAGUGUGCGCAUAUCUUGAUUUUAUUAUUUCUCAAACAAAACAUUUUAAUUGAUUUCACACAAGAGCUACUUUCACAUAAAACAGAUAAGAACAACUAUUUUUCAAGCUGAUAUAUCAAAACGAUAAAGGGAAGGUAUACUAUUUGUUUUGUAUUUUUACGUUGUGCAUGCCUUAAAGUAAUUCAACCUCCUAAAGUCAUUUGUGCUUCAUGUCGUAAUCGUCAAUAACUAAUUCCAUUCAUUAUGUAUUCAAGAGGCAGAUAAUAAUCUGCUGGACCGGGUCACGAACUAAAGAUUAGAGCGCACCAAAGUGUCUCUUGAUCAACACAUAACGACCGCAAGGCUUCUCAAGGAGCCUAUUUAUUUUUUAUGAGGGAGAAUGGUUGCUCUAAUGUUCCCCCCAUUGUUAAGAGUGACGCCCAGCGUUCCGGUCUUAAUGCACAUUGAUGCGGUUUUCUUUGUGAGGCUUCUUUCCCCAUAACUCUGGUGAUGAUGUGUAUGUGCAUUAGAAAGAUCACAGGCUGGACUUGAGUAUGUUUAUGUUGUCAUCGGUGUAAAAUAAAAAGUUAAAGCGA